AUGCAGAAAGAAUACUUGACAUUAUGUCUUUCUGCAAGAAAUCUUGCAUUCCGUGGUUCAGACACAACCAUUGGUUCAAAAAGCAAUGGAAACUUUCUUGAGGUGUUUGAAUUACUGGCUAAGUACGAUACCGUUCUCAAUGAGCUUAUGCAAAGAAUUCAGAACAAAGAUACCAAGGAGCACUAUUUGAGCAAUGACACACAGAACGAGUUGAUUAGACUUUUAGCCAAAGAGAUCGAAUCUAAAAACCUAUCUAGGAACAUUAGCAUUAUUCUGCGAUCAGUAACAUGUAAUCCUGGAGUAGGUAUCGACAUUUCCGAAAAUUUCUUUGGAUAUCUCACAGUAAAUGAAACCACUGGAAAAGGGCUUUUUGAUGCAUUUUUAAAUCAGGCAAAAGAUUGGGAUUUUAAUAUUUUAGAUUGUCGAGGUCAAUCUUUUGAUAAUGGUGCUAAUAUGAAAGGAAAAGUAAAAGACGUUCAAGCAAGGUUUCUGGAAAUGAAUCCUCAAGCCUUAUAUGUUCCUAGUGCAAACCAUUCACUCAAUCUUGAUAUUAUUGAUGGUGCACAGUCAUCCAUCAGUGCAAUUUCUUUUUUCGGUGUUCUUUCAAGGUUAUAUACACUCUUUUCAUUGCCUUCUCCUCGAUGGGAAAUUUUAAAAUCGGGCACGGCAGUUUCUGUCAAACCACAAUCAGAUACCAAAUGGGAAAGUAGAAUAAACUGUGUUAAGCCACUUCGCUAUUAUUUAAAAGAAAUCUUAGAGGCACUUGAAAGAUUGGAAGAACAUGCCUUAGAAAAGAGAGAUGGUGUAACAGCCACUGAAGUACGACCGCUGACAGAAUAUAUUAGAACAUGUAAGCUGCUUCUGUCUCCUGCAAUAUCUCUUGACAUCUUAGCUUGUGAAAUACAGGCAACAAAUGCAUUUCUUUAUGAGUAUCGUGAAAAUGGAUUUUUUGACGCAUGUGUUAAAGCGUCAGAAAUCGCAGAAUUAUUUGGCAUUGAAAGGGUUUUUCCAAUAACGCGUUCACGAAAAAAAAAAUCAAUUUAUUCAUACGAGUGUGUUGAUCACACUCGGCAACCUGAACAUCAGUAUAAAGCAGAUUUCUUUUUGCCAUUAAUUGAUAUAUUAAGUCUUAUCAAAGCUUGCAAUGAAAAUUCUCUGUCUGUAUAUUGCAAAAGUUUGCAAAUAAAGCUUGAUGAUAUAGAUUGUGAGGAUUUAGAAAUGGAGUUAAAACGAUUUGUAAUUAUUAUAAAGGAGGAAAAAAAUGCUUUUCUAAAAUUUGCACAAGAUUUCCUAAACUACAUAUACAAAGAAGAGUUGCAAGAAACUUAUCCUAAUCUAGUUAUUGCGUUACGAAUCAUUCUUCUUUACCAGUCUCUGUUGCAAGUGCAGAACGUAGCUUCAGCAAUAUCUUUAAAUAUGUCAACAAUGGUCGAUGAACGUUUGUCUUCCUUAGCAAUGCUGUCGAUUGAAAACGAAGUUGCAAGUAAAUUAAGUUAUGAAGGCAUAAUAAAUGAGUUUGCAAGCAUGAAAACACGUCGCAAACCCUUUUUUUGA